UUAUUAUUUUUUUAUUUCUUCCCUCCUGUUUCUCCUGGCAUGAGACUGCCUGCAGGCGCCACCUGAGGACAAUGAUCGCGGAGUUCGCUCACUUUUGCCUCUUCGGAUUAGUAUGUCUCACCUCAGGCUCCCGCCUUCGGCAGGAAGACUUCCCGCCUCGAAUUGUCGAGCACCCUUCCGAUUUAAUAGUUUCCAAAGGGGAACCCGCGACGCUGAACUGCAAGGCAGAGGGGCGCCCCACGCCCACCAUCGAGUGGUACAAGGGCGGCGAGCGCGUGGAGACCGACAAGGAUGACCCGCGCUCGCACCGCAUGCUGCUGCCCAGCGGCUCCCUCUUCUUCCUGCGCAUCGUGCACGGGCGCAAGAGCCGGCCGGACGAGGGCGUCUAUGUGUGCGUGGCGAGGAACUACCUGGGGGAGGCCGUGAGCCACAACGCCUCGCUGGAGGUCGCAAGUUCCUCCCUACGAGUGACACAUUCCCCGGUGGUGAAAGGUCCUAAAGAUCGUGAUAAAGGGCCUGUCCCUGAGAGAGGGCAGCUGGGCAGGUCUCGCUGUAAAUGUCAGCUCUUAGGGGCAGGAGCACAAGACGGAGCUACUCCUGCUUCUCCCAGUAAGCGCUGGAGACAGCGAUCUGGCCAUCACAUAAACAACUGGGAAGCCAAAGUCCAACAGUCAUCUUUCACUCGGCAGAAGAAGCAAAAGCAGUUUCGGAAAAGCAGAAGUGUUAUCCAGGAACAGACUGGAAAGCGGCUGCUUCAGGUGCUUGAGUUGCUGCACACUGUCUGA